CACGAGCGCCACGCUCAAAAUCCACCCAGUUUCCUCUUUCUUUACAUGUUAUUUUUGACAUAAAAUUCAGUAAUCCCUGGUCUAUAAAACGAGAAAAUGCAAAACCUCUGUAUCAACGGUGUCCAUAGAUUUUUAGCAGUUCUACAUUAAUGUUUUCUUGUCAUUUAGUAGGUUUUCUAUCCAGCUUUUGUUGAGAACGAGGGACAAAAACAGUAUGGUUGAAAUGAUCUCUCAGACAAACAUUAUACACGCUUUUCGACAUUUACCACACGUUGUGUUCGCUGUGAUCAUUAUUGCAGUUUUACAUCCAGGGGUUUGUCAGGAUGCUGAGAUAAAUCCGAAUAAAUGUCUUGUGUGGGGUCCUGGACUGAAUCCUGAUGUUGUGCUGCCUGUCAGAUACUUUUACAUUCAGACUGUAGAUUCACAUGGAGGAAACAUCACUGUCUCUCCAGGCAAAGACUUAUUCAAAGUGAAGAUAACCUCUUUGGAAAAAGAGUAUCUACGUAUCCAUGUCCCACCACCCUUGGACCGGGGCGAUGGCUCCCUGCUUGUGCGAUACCGUCUCUAUGGAAGCUCUGCAAAGGGUUUGAAGGUUGAAGUGUUGUAUCAAGACAAGCCCGUGGCAAAGUCACCGUAUACUCUCAAAGGUCCUAUUUAUCAUGAAUACUGUGAUUGCCCAGAGUCAGAUGUGAAAGCCUGGCAGAGUGUUAUGCAGUGUUCAGAGGAAGAUCCCCAGAUUCAGAUUGAUUUCAGCUCAUUCCCUUCUAUAGACCUGCAGCAGCUUUUGCAGGAGGUUCCACAACGCUUUGCAAAGCGAGGUGGACUCAUUCACUAUACCAUCUUAAAUAACCAGGUGCAUCGGCGCUCUCUGGGCAAGUACACAGAUUUCAAGAUGUUCUCCGAUGAGAUGCUGCUCUCCCUUGCUCGAAAAGUAAAAUUACCUGAUGUGGAAUUUUAUAUUAAUGUUGGUGACUGGCCAAUGGAGAAUAGGAAAGUGAAUGACAAACCAGUACCAGUUAUCUCAUGGUGUGGGUCCACAGAAACGCGGGACAUCAUUCUUCCCACCUAUGACAUCACACACUCAACCUUAGAGGCAAUGAGAGGUGUAACAAAUGACCUGCUCUCAGUCCAGGGGAACACAGGUCCUGUGUGGUCGAAUAAACUGGGCAAGGCAUUCUUCAGAGGCAGAGACAGUCGAGAAGAGCGCUUGCAGCUGGUAACCAUGUCUCAAGAAAAUCCUGAAUUGCUUGAUGCAGGAAUAACGGCGUUCUUUUUCUUUCGUGAACGGGAGAAGGAUCUUGGUAAAUCUCCGCUGGUUGGUUUCUUUGACUUCUUUAAGUACAAAUACCAGGUGAACGUGGAUGGAACAGUAGCUGCUUACAGGUUUCCUUACUUGAUGCUGGGCAACAGCUUGGUCCUAAAACAGGAUUCACCAUACUAUGAACACUUUUACACACAUCUGAAACCAGGUGUACACUACAUACCUGUGAAGAGGAACCUUUCUGACCUUAUUGAGAAGAUUAAAUGGGCAAAGAGCAAUGAUGCAGAGGUAGAGAGCAUCGCUAAGAGAGGACAGUCACUGGUGAGAGAUCUACUUCAGCCUCACAGACUCUACUGCUACUACUACUCAGUAUUUCAGACCUAUGCAAAUCGUCAGACAACUCAACCUGUCGUUCAUCCUGAUAUGGAAAUAGUGCUUCAGCCAUCUGAUCACACUGCACUGUGUAACUGUGAGAGAAGAUCAGUUGACAAGCAACAUCAACAGAAGAAGGAUGAGCUUUGACAGAGUCAGCAAAAAAGCAAUGACAACCCUUCACAGCUCCUCUUCCACCAAAGAUUUACUGAAACUAGUUAAGAGUUACAGAAAUGCACAUGAAAGAAAUGGAAACUAGUUUACGAAAAUCAUUCCAAAAAUGACAUGGAGCAUUUGUUUGUGGUUAUAUACUUUAAAUGUGUGUAUACUUUUGAAGAAAAAGAUUUAUAGGCUUAAUGAGUGUGCCUAGCAUGAGCGUUAAACUUUGCAUUAGGACAUUAAUCUCACUAAUUAGUUUUGAUAAGAUUUUAUUUUCCAUUUUUAAUACUACGGUUAAUUUUGCAGAUGAGAUACUGAAGACUUCACCUACUUAUUUUUUACAGAACUUUGAGUGAAUUGAACCAGUGUUUUUUGAAAAUUUCUCCUUGAUCUUGCUGGACUGUAUCUACAUGAAUGGCAUGGUUGAUAUAUAUUCUAUAUGUGAGCCACUCUGAUGCUCAGACAAGUAUUGUGAUCUGAGUACUGAAGUUUACAGUACUUUCAAUUACCAAGCUCACUACAAAACUAAAUGAUAAAGCGAAGAGGAGUUGGACAAAGAUCUUUGAUCAGAAGAAAAAAUUAUACAUUGCAAAUAAAAAAAAUAUCUGCACAUUGCCAUUGUUGCUAUCUUGCUCAGUCUACACUAUAAUAUUAUGUACCAAUAAUAUUAAACAUAGUUGUCACAGAACUCAUUAAAAAAAUGUGUCUGAGUGAAAAUCAUUUAAGUUGCCUUAAAUUUGCAGAUGUUCCUUUGCUUCCCAUGUUCAUUUGUGCCAAACAGCUGUUCUUGAGAGGUUUGCAAGUGACUGUGAUCUUUCAUUUGCCAACUUAAGGAUUUCUGAAAACCAUUAAAGCUAUUGUUUUUUUUAAUAAAUUGUCCCUUUAAUCAAGUUUGUGUGCUGCUUGAUGUGUUUUGCGUUGUGUUUUUUUGCAUUUGUUGUAGUAAUAUUUUCUAUGUCUAAAUCUAUGUAGAAUAAAUUCGCCACUGAGUAUUUUUUUUUGUCUUAUAUUCUGGUAAAAAUAUCUUUAAACCAGAAAAAAAAAAAAAAGAAAGAAUUGAGAAGCAGAAUGGCAUGAGUAUAUUAGAUCUUGUUUUCUGAGAAAUCUAACAAAAUUUGUUGGGAUUUAUGCUUAAAACAAGAAAAAAACUAUAUGCCAAUCACAAAGGAUUCCACUGUUAUCCUACAAGGAUUUUUUUUUUUGACCACAAGAACAGAUUUAUGAAUGUAAAUUUAGGAUAUCCUGGGAGUAUCCUGAUGCUCAGGUGUUUGUUAACUUACCAAUUUACAAACUAGGCAACUACGGACAUCAGUGUAAUCAAAUGCAAUUAGAAAGUUGGGGAAGGUAUGUUCUAGCUGUUAUUCUUAGAGAUAGUACAUCCCUUUUGCUUACCUGGUUGAAACCUUUCAGUAAAAAUUGAUUAAAUCCAGGAAGAAAGGCAUAAAUUAUACCUCAAUAGAGCAAGGAUAGCAAAAAAAAAAAAAAAAAAAGGGUUUUGGAAGGUUAAAAUGCAAAUGGCACAUCAUUCUCAAGAGGAAUGAUACCAGCAUCCAAAAGCUGCCCAAAUUGGUGUUUGAAAAAUUGCCAUAGCCAUUUGAUCAGAAAUUUGUUAGGCAGUCUACUUUAGCAAGUUUGGUGGCCAACAUGUUAUCUUGACUAUAUAAGCAUCAUAAACUGGCUACUUUUCGGCCCCUUGGCACCAUUCCACAAAAUACAGUACAUGGUUGGUUGGUUGGUGAGUCAAGGUGUGAGCUAUGAGAAUCAAGACAAUGGGUCAGUUCCAUUAUUUGGUGAUGUUCUUCUUCUGGACAGCUAAAGAAAGGCAUAUAUUUUUAUUUUUCCCUCUUUUUGGAUAUUCACUUGUCUGUGUCUUUGCAACAGUGGCAUAGCCACAGGGUGUGCAAAUGCCACUCAAAGUGGACAGAUGUCAUUUAAAGUUCAGUUAUUGGUUCAGUUGGCUAAUGUUCCCAUUGAAAUGCAAGCAAGUCCAAUAUGCAUCGACCUAAUCAAUGGUUUGCAUCGUCAGACAUUGUUAUCCUUUAUUCAUAUUGGUUCAAUGAUUAAUGUAACAUUAGUAUAAUUUUUUGUUUGUAUUUGCAGUCACUCAUAAACCAAGCAUCCCUGUGUUCCCUAAAUGUACAGAAUCUUCAAUAAAGUUUUUGAAUCUUC